AUGGGGUCGGGCGACUGGGGCCCGGUGCUGAUCGCGGUGGCCUUGUUCGUGAUUCUCACGCCGGGGCUGUUGUGCCAGAUCCCUGGAAACAACGGCCGCGUCGCCGAGUUCAACAGCAUGCAAACCAGCGCCGUCUCCAUCGUCGUCCACACCGUCAUCUUCUUCGGGUUCUGCGCGAUCUUCAUGAUUGCUAUCGGAGUCCACCUCUACGCCGGCUAGCAUAGCAUGAACCCUCUCCUCAUCUUCUUUCCUGUCGUGUAUGCAUGCUUGGCUGCUGUUUUAGAAACUAGUUGGCUAGAGUAGGAGUAAGAGUGGAUUUGUGCUUUGUGCUCGAUUGAGUUGGUUCAUCUUAAUUUUUAUGUAUUAUUAUGGUUUAAUUUGUCACCAGUUCCGCAACAGGUGAUCAAUUUGAUUGGAACCAAACAAACACAAAAUGUAACAUGCCAAUGGAUGAAUCCAAUCAAAGAAACGUGAUAUAUAUCGUUUUGAAUUUCAGUAUGGUUCAGUAAAAAACAG